AGCGCGGUGGGGUGGGGGUGCGGGGGCAAGACGGGAGGGGCGAAGGCCGCGGGAAGGGCGAGCCUAAUCCUGCGCGAGGAGAACAGAGCGGGCUACCCGCCCUGGCCCCCACCUGUAAAGCACAGCCCACCUCCCCGCCCCCGCCGGCGGUCCUGCAGCCGGCCUUCCAGCCCCAGCGAUCGGGCAUCCAGAGGCACCCGACUGGGCUCCACCCGCCUUCCCUGAGGUUCGGAAGCACGCGCUCAGGACACUAGGCCAGGCCUGGAGAACUCGGCAAAGUGAAAGGAAAGAUGCCCGGCCCUCCCCCACCCAAAAGAUGGAACGUGGGUAUCUUGGCAUUAAAUGCCAAAUGAGAGCCCACCACAAUCCAUUAUUUCUGCUUCUUAUUACUGUGUCCUGUUCGGGUAUGGAAUCCUGUAAGGUGAUUGUGAGGCCUUGUGUCUGGUAACUUCUGAAAGCUGCUGGUGGACCAGCCCGAAGGAGAGUUUCCAUUUUUGUUGAUAAGAUAUGUAGAAUGUCCAGUCGUGUAUGCCGGGCACCGUCAUGAGGGCGCAUUUAGGAGGGCAAAGUAUUGUCUAUAUAUACAGUGGAAGUGGAUCCUUGUGCGAGGCAGUUUGGGGUUUAUUAAGUUAAAUUAAAAGUAAAUAAUUUUAACAUGAGACCUACUUACCAGUUUCCCCCUGCCACCAGAUCCCCGAACCUUUUCCUUUCAUUACAGGUGGAAAUGGCAUCUUUAGGGUCCUCCAGCUGUGUGUCUCAGCCACGUCCGGACAUCCUUAGGAAGAUGGCUUUUUUCCUUAUGUAUCAGGAUAUUUUUGUUAUGAGAUUUGUUGGUGUCAAUGCAUCUGACAUCAACUAUUCGGCUGGCCGCUACGACCCUUCCGUGAAGACCCCCUUCGACGCGGGCUUCGAAGGUGUGGGCGAGGUGGUGGCCUUGGGCCUGUCUGCCAGCGCGGCGUGCGCGGUCGGCCAGGCCGUGGCCUACGUGGCGCCUGGCUCCUUCGCUGAGUACACCGUGGUGCCCGCCAGGGUCGCCAUCCCAGUGCCGGCCCUGAAACCCGAGUAUCUCGCGCUCCUGCUGAGUGGGACCACAGCCUACCUCAGCCUGAAAGCGCUCGGGGGGCUGUCGGAAGGGAAGACGGUCCUGGUGACCGCGGCAGCCGGCGGCACCGGCCAGUUCGCCGUCCAGCUCGCAAAGAAGGCCGAGUGCCACGUCAUCGGGACGUGCUCUUCUGCCGAGAAGUGUGCUUUUCUGAAGUCUCUUGGCUGCGACCGGCCCAUCAACUAUAACGCGGAGCACGUGGGCGCCGUCCUGAGGCAGGAGUACCCCCAAGGCGUGGACGUGGUGUACGAGUCCGUCGGGGGAGCCAUGUUUGACUUGGCCGUGGACGCUUUGGCUACCCGAGGGCGCUUGAUAGUGAUCGGGUUUGUCUCUGGCUACCAGACUCCUACUGGCCUGUCGCCCGUGAAAGCAGGAACACUUCCAGCCAAACUGCUGAAGAAAUCUGCCAGCAUCCAGGGCUUCUUCUUGAACCAUUACCUUCCCGAGUUUCGAGGUGCCAUGGACCACUUGCUCAAGAUGUAUGCGGGUGGCGACCUGGUUUGUGAGGUGGACACCGGAGGUCUGUCUGCAGAGGGCAGGUUUACCGGCCUGGAGUCGGUCUUCCGGGCCGUCGAUUAUAUGUACAUGAGAAAAAACACUGGGAAAAUUGUCGUUGAAUUACCUCCCUCUGUCAACAGUAAGCUAUAAAAGCAGAACAAUGGCAUAAAUAAAAGGAGAAAGAAAAUGGGCAUUUUAUGCCCCAGAAUUACUCAAAUCAAUUUAUUUUUAGUUGGUAAUGGAGAUAAUAUUUUUUUAAAACAAAAGUAAACUUUAAUGAAUAGG